CCUUAUCAAGGCACUCGCAUGAACAUGACGAGCGAACUACAACAUUGCGCUAAUCUUCGCAGCCAUUUUGCUAAUCCGAUGCGCCGUAGCGUCGUUGAAAAGUAUUACGAUUGUCUCCAAUGUGCCGAGCAAUGUCGUCACACCGUUACCAAUAAUAAUAAUAAUAAUAGUAAUAUUAACAAUAAUAUUAAUAAUAAUAGUAAUAGUAAUAAUAAUAAUAAUACUAAAAAUAAUGCCAAGAGUAGUAACAAAAAUAAUAAUAGUAACACUAGUAACAGUAAUAAUAGUAACAAGAAUAUCAAUGCUAAGAGCAUGAUCAAUGGUAGUAGCAAUAAGGAACGUCCAAUAACUAAUUUGGACAAUUGUUCGAUCAAGAGUAAAGAUUCUAAUAGAAUGUUAACACCCUAUAAUGACUCAUCGAGACGUUAUUACAACGCUCGUAGCAAUGACCAAUUAAUGAAAUAUCUAUCGAGGAAUCAUCAGAUUCAUUUGACACCAGCUAGAAAAAGAUCGUCCCUAGCUAGGCCAGUACGCGUUCACGAUUCUUUCGUACAACCGAAAAAAUUGAUUACCAGUGGUUACACCGUCCAACAUCAUCGUCAAUAUCAACAAUUCUAUCACCAACAGGACCAUCAAAAUCAACAACAACAACAACAACGACGUCAUCAGGAACUCGUUCAAAAACAACAACAACAACAGCAACAGCAACAAGAGCAACAGCAACAGCAUGAACAACAACAAUUACGUCAAGGUACUUCAAACAUGUCAGAUUAUGCUUACGAGGAUGAAGAACACGUUGAGGAAGAAAUAACAUGGCCGAUUCGACUUAGAUUAGAACAAAUGUUAGAACUUACCCUACCUCAGGCUAAAAGAUGUAAGAAGAAGAAGAAAAAGAAAACAACUACGAUGAUGUUAAUGAAACAGGAACAAAAUGGCAGACACGGUUUUAAGGACACCGACAGAUUAUUAAAGGUGCUUAGCGUUAACAACGUGGACCAAGAUAAUAGGUACAACGUUAAACGGUGUUCCAUCAUGUAAAAAUGAUUUUAUGGAACAUACCGUUCAUUAUUUAUAAUAUAUUAUCGUUAUCACAUUAUAUAAA